AUGGAGAUGUCACUUCGGGGUACCGAUGAAAUGCACGGUGCCGUUUCACAGCCUCAAGUACAGCACAUUGAACACGGGAAGAAGAAGAAUAAGAAAAUGUUUCGACCACCAACGGAAAAACAAGGCAACACUUCGAAUUCGUCAGGACCAAAAAGAAGGGGCAUCUCGAAAAAGUAUGCCAGUCGAAAAAAUGCUAAGAAGGAAAAAAAGGAUGCACAUCACAUCGAGGACCUGCCUGUCGCGAAAGAUAUUUUCCAUCUGCAGAGCAUGCGUGGAUCGACUAACAAAUUUUUGUUGGAUCUACCGGUUAAUGGGAAGAAGUUGACCUUCGAGGUGGAUACUGGAUCACCCGUUUCCCUCAUCAGUGUGACGGACAAAAGACGUCAUUUUUCGAACUUGAGCGUUCACCCAACGAGUGCUAAGCUGGUGAGUUAUUGCGAUACAGAUAUUAACGUUUCAGGUAAGAUAUUUGUAAAUGUUUCAAAUGGUGAUGAGUUCACGUUGCCCUUACACGUCGCGGAGUCGAACAGACACCCAUUGAUCGGUCGUGAUAGGUUAAUUGAAUUGGAUAUAGAUUUCAAUCGCGUUUUCAAACCCGGUAAUCAUUCAGUUUCACAUACAGAAAAUUUUCAACCGUCGACCUUUAGCACUUUGAAGGAUCUGCUGGGCAAAUACCGUCGAGUGUUUGGAGAAGAUGUGGGUAAAAUAACUAGGGUUCAAGCUUCUUUGACCUUGCGUACCGAUUCGCAAACAGUGUAUAUAAAGGCUAGGUCAGUAGCAUUUUCCGUACGUAGUGCCGUCGAUAGAGAGAUCGAAAAUUUCGUCAAAGACGGUAUCUGGGAGAAGGUAGAUCACUCCGUGUGGGCCACUCCGGUUGUUCCAGUUAGGAAAACGGGUGGUAAAGUAAGAUUAUGCGGAGACUACAAGAUCACCGUCAAUCCUCAUUUACUGAUAGAUGAUCAUUCACUCCCCACAGUAGAUGAAUUAUUUGCUACCGUCGCUGGGGGAGAAAAGUUCUCAAAAAUCGAUUUGUCACAAGCUUACUUACAGUUGGAAGUUCGGCCUGAGCAUAGAGAUCUUCUAACAUUGAGUACACAUCGCGGACUUUUUCGCCCGACCCGGCUGAUGUAUGGGGUGGCUUCGGCGCCUGCCAUAUUUCGGCGGCUCAUGGAACAGAUUUUCCAGGGCAUACCUGGCGUUACAGUAUUUAUCGACGAUAUUCGUGUUACGGGUCCCGAUGAUGUAACUCCCCUUCAACGCUUGGAGGAAGUGCUAAAACGUUUAGACUUGCAUGGCAUGCGAGUCAACCGUAACAAAUGUGACUUCUUUUCCGAUAAAAUAGAGUAUUGCUGUUAUAUGGUGGAUAAAUUUGGAGUACAUAAGCUUCGUAAGAAAAUAGAUGCUAUUCAAGACAUACCAGUUCCAAAAGAUAAGGAACAAAUUCGUUCGUUCGUAGGGCUUGUUAGCUACUACGGAAGAUUCUUUCCAAAUCUAAGUACAAUACUUUAUCCUUUGAACAAUCUUUUAAAAGACGAUGUUCCAUUUGUAUGGAGCAAGGAAUGCGAAAAAUCUUUUAAUUUGGUCAAAUGGGAAAUGCAGUCGGAUAGGUUCUUAGUGCACUAUGACUCGGAGUUGCCAAUAGUUUUGGCAACGGAUGCUUCACCCUACGGUGUGGGUGCGGUUCUCAGCCAUCAAUAUCCAGAUGAAACUGAGAGACCUUUACAGUAUACUUCACAGACUUUGAAUAGGACACAGCAGAAAUAUUCGCAAAUAGAUAAAGAAGCUUAUGCUAUUAUAUUUGGCAUCCGUAAAUUUGACCAGUAUCUGUAUGGACGGAAAUUUACUUUGGUGACUGACAACAAGCCAGUUAGCCAGAUCUUUUCGGAGACGAAAGGUCUUCCUACAAUGUCUGCAAUGCGUAUGCAGCAUUAUGCCGCGUUUCUACAGACUUUCGAUUACAAGAUCAGAUACCGUCGAUCGUCAGAUCAUUGUAAUGCAGAUGCUAUGUCCCGUUUGCCUUUGGCUAUUUCUGAUCCCGAGUCAGAAGUUGAAGAGCCUGACGUUGUAGAAGUUAACUUGAUACAAACAAUGCCAUUGACUGUGGACGAAUUGGGAUCUGCCACUUUAUCUGAUUGUAGUUAUCUGAUUGAGCUGCUAGGUUUGAGAACAAGUCGACAAGUUGACCAGAAAUUUCGUUUCGGUGUACAACAAGUAGAAUUCAGCCUACACAAAGAUUGCAUAAUGCGAGGAAUUCGAGUAUACCUACCCCCUUCGUUACGCGCUAGAGUACUAGAUGAACUCCACUCUACUCAUUUCGGAGUUGCUAGGAUUGAGGCACUUGCUAAAGGGUAUUGCUGGUGGGCUGGAAUUGACAAAGAUAUAGAAGAACUUAUUAAGAACUGUGCUUCAUGUCAGGUUACUAAAUCGAACCCCCCUAAAAUCUCUUUUCAUUGCUAG